CGUGGCAGGAGUAAAUUAGCCAGUCUGCUUCCCCCACCCCCUCGGUCAAAGAGUUUGCGCUCAUCUCCCGUCUUAUCGAUGUACGCCGUCUUAUUGCAAACUAAUUAGCAAGGGAAAAUGGCAGAGACAACAGUCAUUUCCUUCUUCAAGGCCUAUACCGGCUACAUUAUACUCGUGUUACUCGUUCUGAGACUCGUUACCAACAGAUUCAGACGAGGACUUGCUGGGAUCCCGGGCCCGAAGCUUGCGAGCUUCACGGCGCUGUGGAAGCUGUAUAGUGUCUGGAAGGGUGAUCACCAUAAUACUGAGAUACGCCUACAUCGCAAAUAUGGGCCCCUAGUGAGGAUUGGGCCAAAUCAUAUCUCAGUGGGAGAUCCCAAGGCGAUCCCGGUGAUUUAUGGCUUGAACAAGGGAUUUACUAAGACGGCCUUCUACCCAAUCCAAUGCAUAUCAUGGAACAAAAAGCCGCAAAUGAACCUUUUCUCAUCCCGGGAUGAGCAGUAUCACCGCGAUCAAAAGAGGUCCGUAGCCAACGCAUAUAGCAUGACCUCACUCUUGGAACUGGAACCUGCUGUGGAUUCAUGCACUGAGAUCUUCCUUUCGCAACUACAUCGGCUUGCGGAUUCCAAGACCCCUGUGGAUCUGGGAAUGUGGCUGCAAUAUUACGCUUUCGAUGUCGUCGGUGAAUUUACCUUCUCGAAGAAGCUUGGCUUCCUCCAGGAGGGUCGUGAUGUCGAUGACAUGAUCAAGGCCAUCGAAGGCAUGUUAUUGUAUGCCAGUAUUUGUGGACAGGUGCCAGAACUGCAUCCUUUUCUCCUGGGUAACCCUCUAUUCCCCAUUCUUGUACCUAGUAUGGAAACAUGGAACCAGGUGCUGCAGUUCACUUUGAAGGCGGUUAACUCUCGAGCAUCAUUGCAACGAGAUGGAGAGCUCGAGGAAGGUCACCAGGAUGGUGGGAAAGAUAUGCUCUCGCGGUGGAUGGCAAUUCACCAAACGGAUCCUGAGAAGCUGUCCACGCGAGACGUCAUUGUCCAUUUAUCCACGAACGUCUUUGCCGGCUCCGAUACCACGGCUAUUGCCAUGCGCGCAAUUUUAUACCUGCUCCUCCGCCACCCUGAGAAGCUGGCCAAGGUCCGCGACGAGAUCGACAGGGCAGACCGCGAAGGGAAACUCAGCAACUUCAUUUCAUACCGCGAGUCGUUGUCAAGCCUCCCGUAUGUGGGCGCUGUGAUCAAAGAAGCCAUGCGUCUGCAUCCUUCUGUUGGCCUUAUCCUCGAGCGCCACGUUCCCAAGCAGGGAGUUACACUCUGUGGCAAGCACAUUCCCGGCGGAACAGUGGUUGGCAUCAAUGCCUGGGUGAUCCAUCAUGAUGCUAAUAUCUUCCCGGAUCCGGAAUCAUUCAUUCCCGAACGGUGGAUUGAAAGUUCUGAAGAGCGACUCAAGAUUAUGGAACAGAGUUACUUCGUCUUCGGAUCUGGAUCGCGCACAUGCAUCGGGAAGAAUAUCUCUCUGAUGGAAAUGCACAAGGUCAUUCCACAGCUGCUGAGAGAGUUUGAUAUCAUUCUGCAUAAUCCCAAGGAAAACUGGAAGACGAGAAACGUAUGGUUCGUUCAGCAGGAGGGACUCGUUUGUGAUCUAGUCCCGAGGAGACGAUAAAUGUGACUUCUUUUCGUUCUCCUUCCAAACUUUCAUGAUGGAAUGAUGGCUACUAAGAAAGAAUAUAUAUAACUAACAGGAUCCAUUCCAAAGAUUCGAGGGGCGGUUACAAUGCCUUUUUGUAGUUAUAUCCAAGCACAGUGUCAGAUUGUAUACAAAUGUCGCUUAUAAUUUCUUGUCCAGA